AUGGCAUCCUUCCUAAGUUACUUCAACCGCAGAGACAGCGGAAACACAACAAAACCUGCCUUGGACAAGCAGCCCGUGAGAGCACUUCCUGCAUCAUGGUACACCUCUCCCGACAUGUACGAGCUCGAACGCCGUGCCAUCUUCUCCAGACGUUGGCUCCUCAUUACACACAAGCUUCGUCUCACCAAGCCUGGUGAUUUCCUUCGCUACGAUGUUGCCGGCUUCCAAUUCAUUCUUGCCAAAGACCGUCAGGACAACAUUAACGGCUUCCACAACAUUUGCCGUCACAGAGCCUACCCCGUUGUUGAGAAGACUGAGGGUACUGCUCGCAUCUUCGCAUGCAGAUACCACGGCUGGUCUUACGGUCUGAACGGAAAGCUCGCAAAGGCACCCAGUUACCAAGAGCUUGAGGGCUUCGACAAGGAGGCCAAUGGACUUUUGCCUAUCCACGUCCACGUCGAUAGAAACGGUUUCGUCUGGGUCAACAUGGAUGCGAAAGCAGAGCCUGAAAUCGCCUGGGAAGACAACUUCGAUGGUGUCGAUGUCCAAGCACGUUACGACUCGAUCGACUUUGAGAACUAUGUCUUCGACCACAAGUGGGAGAUGGACGGUCCCUACAACUGGAAGAUCUUGGCAGACAACUACAACGAGUGUUACCACUGCCCGACGACCCACCCCGACAUUCCGGCUUUGGCAGAUCUAGAAGCCUACUAUGUCAACACAACCGCAAGCCACAUCCAGCACGAGGUCGCUAGUACACCGGAGCAGGUCGCCGCUGGCAUGACCGUCAUUCCAACCUACUACUUCCCCAACGCCUCUGUCAACGCAACAUUCGUACCCCACGGAGCCGGCAAGGCAACCAUGAGCUACGAAGUUUACCGCAACAAGAAUGCCUCGGACGAAGACUUUGACAGAAUCAACCAAAUCUACAAGCGUGUCAUGUCAGAAGACAAGGUCCUCUGUGACGCAGCACAANAGAACGUCAACGCUGGUGUCUUCGUCAGCGGUCUCAUGCACCCACGCAUGGAGAAGGGACCUCUCUACUUCCAGAAGUUGUGCAGAGAGGCAGUCACAGAACACCACGACAAGGAGAAGGCUGCAGGUGCAAAGAUUCACCCAGCUAGACAGCAAAUGUCAGCGGCUGAGCUUCAGAGUGAGAAGGACAUUGAUUUCUGCUCUGGACUGGCGUGUGGUGAAGAGCAGCAGGAGGCUUUGGCCUGGUGA